AAAGUCUCCACUCACAGGUAGCAUAAUUUAAAUUUUUCUGCCAAAGCACCCCACUUCCUUUACCCAAAGUCCCGGUCACCGGGAAUAAGGGGUCAGCUGUGCACAGAAUGACGGACACCUAAAAUUACGCUGCUUUGAAUGCCUGCAAAUUUGGAAGCUCAAAUAAUGCACAGGCAAGGAAGAUGAGUUUUGUUAUUUAUUUUGUAAGGUUUAAUUUGGAGUGAGAGGAGGACAGGGUUUCUGAUCUUACGGGCCUCUUUAAUUAGGGUUUGAGAUCAUUUAAGUUUCUAUUUUGAUUCGGUGAAGUUCCUAUUUUCGAGGCAGCUUUGGCUUAGUUGAAAUUACAAUAGUGGGGUGGCUUGGGCUUAGUUGCAAUGCCCGAGGAGCAUCUCUUCAGUCAAUUUCGUUGUAUGGUUCAAGCUUGAUAUGUCUGUGGAUACUGAGAAUGAAACUUUGUCGUGGAGCAACAUGUAUUUGGUGAAGAAGCACAAAAUAAUUCAAAAUGAAGUGGUUGAAGUGUUAAAGUUAUGGCUGAUGACUGAGAGUAAGGUCAAUGAAGAAGAACUGAAGCGAGUUUGGAAAACCCUCUUUUUUAAGACCAACAAACACCUGACCUGCUGUAAAUUGUUUGAAAAAUUGUCAGCCAUUGCUGAAGCUCUUGACAUAAAUCUAGCUCGACAAUAUUUUCAGCUCUUUUUGAUGGCAAUGAAAAAGGAACAGGGUGUUAUUGAUCAUUUCAAUCUUGAUAACUUCAAUCAUGUGCUUGGUGGGAUUCUUUGUCACAUGCAUUUUGUGCUUGACAAGAAUUUUUGGGAUUGUGAUCUUGUAAAUAAAUUCAUGGGUGCCAUUGUGCAGAGAACUUUGUUGGCUGUAGGCAAACCUCAGGGAAUGGAUUCAUAUUUUGCAGACAGGUACCUUGGUGCACUUCAUUGGUUUCUUCCUAUGCCUCUUGAUUCUUGUGGGCAUUUGAUUGAGAUUAGGCUCCAAUUUAAGAGAGUGAAAGACAAUGCAUUUACUUGCCUUGUGGAAAAUGGACAAAACCUCUUAAAGGGAAACCAGGAAGGGCAGGAUGUUGACACCAAGAAGGAGAACCUUGGAUCCAUUGGAAUAACUAAUAGCCUCUUGCAGUCGGUUACUCCUCCUAGCCUGCAAGAUAAUGGACCAUUUCUGGACAAGUUAGGCAGGGAAUUCGUCAAGCUUUAUCAACAAUUAGCUUCAUCUGGAGUUGUGGUUUCAUUAUAUGGGGCUAUGAUGCCGAAGAUACAUUACAAUGUUGCUACACAGAAAUUAUUAGAGGUGAAAUCUCUUUAUAUACAUGAAUUACAAGCUGAUUCUGGUUUGCCAAUUAACCAUUGUUGGGUGAACAAUGCAGAGAUUGUUGAUCACAUCAGCGACUCUGAAAAUAAUUUGAAUAGUGAGAUGAAGCCACGGAAUUCAGAGCUGGUUGAAAGCACCAUUGAAAGAUGUUUGAUGUGCAAACACAGUGUAAAACAUGAGAAUAGUAAUUUUGGAAGUCUAGAAAAGGAAGUAAAUGCACAAGCAGAAAGGGUACAGGAUAAAAUGGAUGAGUUAAACCUCAACCAUGCAUGCAGUUACCAGGAUGUCAUCAGUGAUAAUAAAGAAAAGAGUUUGGAAGUUGUGUCUGGGGAUGACGGUGAUACAAUGAUGAUAGAUGCUUCAGCAAUCUCAAAUCUUGAGCAGCAAUCUGAGGAGGCUGAUGAUGAUUUGGACAACUUCAAUUCACCAGUGGCAUCUCUUCCAACUCCUGUUUCUCCUUUGAAUACUGGAUCAAAGAAGAGGAUAAGGGAACUAAAUUCAGAAAUUGGACUUAAUGGAGGUUUAAGUUCUGCAAGUUAUCAUGAAAGUGACAAAGAUAGUGUUUGUUCUGACCUUUUCUGUGAUGCCACAUCUGCUGGUGGAAGUGUACAGAAAAUAGCAAAGAGGGUUAGGUUCUCUUUAAAGAACAAUAUUGUUUGGAGGCCUCAUAGUCCUCUGCCACCAGAGAGCCUGAGGGUCCCUCCAUCCGCUACUCCAAGAGGCAGUGCAUUGAAGAGGGGGGUUCCUCCAGGUCCCGUUUGUAUCAUGAAGAAAUCUCCAAGGAAAAAGCCACCCCCUAAACAAAAGUCAGUAGUUGUAGCUGUCCGAAAGACUGCUAGAAAUACCAAGAAUUCUUCAACAAGUGCCAUAGUUUCAACGAGCUCCAUGGUUUUACGAAAACAUCGGGCAGUUGCUCGCUAAAUUCAGUGCAAAGACAAGAAUAUCUUCAAGUCAUUACUUUCGUUGAUCCAUGUCCAUAUGCUUUUUGACAAAGGGAGUGGUUUUUGAGUAGAAUCGUGUGACAGCUGAUGGUCAUUGAUGCUUUCACUUUAAUCAGGAUGAUUUUCUUACAAGUCUCUUGCUAUUGUGUGUGAAAUGAAUCAUGAGAAAAUUGUACGGGAGAACAGAUUGUGGAAAGAUGCAUCGCUUUUUUGCUUCCUGGGCAUAGGAAAGAGGUGGAGUCAGGUGCUUGUUUUGUUCUUUUUAUUGAUUUCAAAGGGGUAAACAGAAAAAUCAAAAUAGGGAAGACAAGAUUGUGGAGCUCGUGUGAAGAUACAGGGAAUAGAGAGUAGCAUGCAUUGAUUGGCUACAAAUUUACUUUAACGCAUUUUGGAAUUAUUCAUCUCGAGGAAUGACUUAUCCUUGUUGAGGAUUCCUGUUGCUUUAUUUAGUUCUCAAAUACUCGUUAUUUAAAGACAAGUUUAAGUGAGAACCAUUCAAGUCAGUAUUGUAUCAGUAUACAUAAAUAUCUAAACAUGGCUCUUAUAUGAAUCUAAAAUAUCGUAUGAUCUUUUGGUUUUA